GUGGAGCCCUCCCCCAAAUUCAAAUUCUCAUCACUGCGCCUUAACGGCGCACACACACUCUCUCUUCUGUCAGUCUCUCUCCCUCUCUCUCUCUGCGCCUCUACUCCCUCCGUUCAGCGUUGUUCACUGCCGCCCGAACCCUAAAACCCUCCGGCUCCGACCAGAUGAAGCACUUCAUGCUUCCCCGGGGCUCCAAGAAGCAGAGCCGCUCCAAGGAGAACCUUCCGCCACCGGAUCCCAACGCCCUGCCCAGCGAUCGGAGCGUGUCACCGGCGAAUCCGAAGCUCAGGUGUCCUCUACCUCCGAGGCCGCCUUCCUCGAAUCCUCUCAAGAGGAAGUUCGCUCUGGAGGGUUCUGAAAAUGCCGUAGCAGCUGGAGCAACUUCAGAUUCAGGCGUCAAGGUCGUAGUUCGAAUGCGGCCGCCAAAACAAGAUGAAGAAGAUGGAGAGAUGACGGUGCAAAAGGUUUCAUGCGACUCUGUGUUAAUCAAUGGUCAGACUUUCACAUUUGAUGCCGUGGCUGAUACAGCGGCAACACAGCUUGAUAUAUUUGAGCUUGUAGGUGCCCCACUUGUUGAAAAUUGCUUGGCAGGUUUCAACAGUUCUAUAUUUGCUUAUGGGCAGACGGGAAGUGGGAAGACUUACACAAUGUGGGGUCCAGCACAUGCUUUAUCAGAAGAUAUAUUAUCAAAUGAACAGCUAGGUUUGACCCCACGCAUUCUUGAGCGCCUCUUCAGUCGAAUAAACGAGGAAGAAAUGAAGCAUGCCGAGAGGCAGCUCAAGUACCAAUGUCGCUGUUCGUUUCUUGAGAUAUAUAAUGAGCAAAUAACUGAUUUGUUGGAUCCAAAUCAAAAGAACCUUCAGAUUAGAGAGGACAUCAAAUCUGGUGUCUAUGUUGACAAUUUGACCGAGGAAAGUGUGUCUACAAUGAAGGAUGUGAGGCAUCUUUUAUUAAAGGGAUUGUCGAACAGGAGGACUGGUGCUACGAGCAUAAAUGCAGAGAGUUCUCGCUCUCACAGUGUUUUCACUUGCAUUAUCGAAUCUAGAUGCAAGAGCAUGGCAGAUGGUCUAAGUAGCUUCAAAACCAGUAGAAUCAACUUAGUUGAUCUGGCUGGGUCAGAGAGACAAAAGUUAACAGGUGCAGCAGGAGAAAGAUUGAAAGAAGCGGGGAAUAUCAAUCGUUCUCUAUCACAGCUUGGGAACUUGAUUAACAUUCUCGCUGAAGUUUCUCAAACUGGGAAGCAAAGGCAUAUUCCAUACCGAGAUUCCAAGUUGACGUUCUUGUUGCAAGAAUCUCUUGGUGGAAAUGCGAAACUAGCAAUGGUCUGCGCUAUAUCUCCUGCUCAAAGCUGUAAGAGUGAGACUUUCAGUACUCUGAGAUUUGCUCAGCGAGCGAAGGCCAUAAAGAACAAGGCAGUUGUCAAUGAGGAAGUUCAGGAGGAUGUCAAAUAUUUGCGAGAAGUCAUACGACAACUUAGGGAUGAAUUAAUUUGGAUUAAGGCAAAGGGAAACAACCCAAGUGACCCGAGUGAAUGUCACUUAACAGGACAGGACAUCAGAAGAAGUUUGAAUAUCCUCAAACUGAGCCUUCGCCAUCCUGUGACAUUACCCCCAGUUGAUGAUGAUGGCGAUGAAGAGAUGGAAGUAGACGAGGAGGCCAUUGAGAGCCUCUGUGCCAAAGCAAGCCAGCAUCUGUCUGGUGCUGAAGACAAAAUAGGUAAUGGGAGUGAUUCAGAUAAUGGGUGCCGCGGAGAACAGAGUAUGGUGGAUGUUAAUAUGGACGAAGCUGAACAGACUCAUGAACCAGAAUUCAAAAAGAACCUAGCAGCUAGUCUCCACCGUGGUCUUGAAGUAAUUGAUGGUAUCCGAAAGAGCUCUGCACUGAGGCAAUCAGCAUUCAGAUUUUCAUACCGAACAGCGGACUUGAAAUCGAUACUUCCAAGCAUCAAGGUUGAUGUUGGAGUACAGGCUUCUUGCCAAGAUAGUCAGAUACUAAAAGAAGCUCCAGAGACACUGUUGUGUACCAACUGCAUGAAUGGGAUGAAGAAGGAGGUCAGUGAGGGCAAUGAUGGCUCAAACCUGCAGCUGGUGCCUAUUAAUGGGUCAGAGUCCACAGGGAAAUCAAAGCAAGUCCCCAAGGCCGUGGAGAAAGUUCUGGCUGGAUCGUUUAGGAGAGAAAUGGCACUUGAAGAUUUCUGUUCUAAGCAAGCUUCUGAGAUCAUGCAACUCAAUCGCUUGGUAAAACAAUACAAGCAUGAAAGGGAAUGCAAUGCCAUUAUAGCUCAAACAAGGGAAGACAAAAUACUUCGUCUUGAGAGCCUUUUCGAUGGUGUAUUACCUUCAGAGGAGUUCGUGCAGGACGAGUUAGCAUCUUUGAGUCAUGAGUGUAAGAUUCUGAAGGAGAAAUAUGAGAAUCAUCCUGAACUCCUACGAGCAAACAUUGAGCUGAAAAGGCAUCAAGACGAGCUAGAGCAAUAUAGGAAUUUUUUUGAAUUGGGGGAGAAGGAGGUGCUGUUAGAAGAGAUUCAAGACUUAAGAUGUCAGCUUCAGUACUACAUUGAUUCUUCGUCCAAGUCAGCUUGGAAACAUGAUGAACCGCUUCUACUAAAAUAUUCCUUUGAGCCUGAAACAACUCCAGCAUUAACUACAAUUCUGGAAUCAGGGGAAAGUUCUGAAGAGAAGCUUAUACAGGAGAAACUGCGAUGGACUGAGGCAGAGAGCAAGUGGAUAUCACUUGCUGAAGAACUUAGGUCGGAACUUGAGGCGAGCAGGUCUGCGGCUGAAAAGCUGAAGCAGGAAUUAGACACCGAGAAGAAGUGUGCAGAAGAUCUGAAAGAAGCAAUGCAAUUGGCAAUGGAGGGGCAUGCUCGAAUGCUUGAGCAGUACGCUGAUCUUGAGGAGAAACAUAUGCAGUUGCUUGCACGUCAUAGGAAGAUACAGGAUGGAAUAGAGGAUGUGAAGAAGGCUGCUGCUAAGGCCGGAGUCAGGGGUGCAGAAUCUAAGUUCAUAAAUUCCCUUGCUGCGGAAAUUUCAGCCCUUAAAGUCCAGAGGGAGAGGGAGAGGCAACAUCUGAGGAAUGAGAACAGGGAACUUCAAGCUCAGUUGCGGGACACAGCUGAAGCAGUUCAAGCAGCGGGAGAACUGCUGGCACGGCUUAAAGAAGCGGAAGAAGCUGUCGCUGCAGCUCAGAAGCGAGCCCUGGUGGCGGAACAAGAAACUAAAAAGGCCUACAAGGAGAUGGAGGUUCUGAAACGGAAACAUGAGAAGGACAUAACAGAAGCGCGUACUCAACUCCUCACGGAACCUCACUUGACCGGCGGAAUUCGUCCACCCUCUCAUGAUGAAGACACCUCAAGCAUUGCCAAGUAUGACACUGUGGACGUGGAGACUGCUAAUGAUGAGCAGUGGAGGGAUGAGUUUAAAGCGUUUUACGACAAAGGAGAAGAUGACUUGUUGAGGCUUGAGGGUCCAUCAACUUGGUUCUCUGGGUAUGACCGGUGCAACAUAUGAGAGACUCAUCCAGGCUCCUGGCAUAUAUAGCGUGUAUGUAUAUCAGAAAGGCAGUUUGGUCUUCGAGGGUAGUGGCCUUUGUAACUCUUUACUUGCUCUAUUACACAUCUGGUGUUCGGGAGGGGAACCAGUGUGUCCUUCCAUCUGUUGUGCUCUGUAAUUCUGGUUUCUUCUGAUUCUUUCAAAGCAAUAUAUAACAUAAAUGUUGAAUGAAUGAAUGGUAAGUCUGAUUCUUUA